AUGACUGACAUGUUCUCCACCCUGUACUACACAUGCAUCUUCCUUCUGGGCGAACGGUGCUCCUUCGAUUUUUCGCCGGUUGGUGCAGGGCUCAGCAUGCUGUACGCCAUCGUCGGCGUCGGCUUGAACGCGAUGCCCAUGGCUGCUGUUCAAGAUGCAUUGACCCACAUGCCACUUGGCUGA